AUGCGGCAAGCGGGCAGAUAUCUCCCAGAAUUCCGGGAGGUUAGAGCGUCACACGAGUUCUUCGAGGUCUGCAGGACGCCGGACUUGGCAAUGGAGGUGACUUUGCAACCCAUCCGACGAUACACGGGUUUAUUGGAUGCCUCAAUCAUCUUCAGUGACAUCCUUGUCGUGCCACAGGCCAUGGGAAUGGAGGUGGAAAUGAACCCUGGUCCCCACUUCCCCGAUCCAUUAAAUACUCCGGACGAUAUCAGUAAACUCUCACCUUCAGUCGAUGUGAACAAAGAAUUGAAGUAUGUAUUCGAUGCGAUCACACAGACGCGGAAAGGACUCAACGGGGAGGUGCCGCUCAUCGGGUUCUGCGGUGCGCCGUGGACACUGUUCUCAUACAUGGUGGAAGGAGGUGGGACCAAGACGUUCCAAAAAUCAAAGACAUGGCUCUUCAAGUACCCAGAAGAGUCAAAGAAAUUGCUCCUCCGAAUUUCAGACGUUUGUGUAGACUUCCUAGUCGGGCAAGCCAAGGCUGGGGCUCAGUUACUCCAAGUCUUCGAUUCCUGGGCCGGCGAACUCUCCCCAUAUGACUUCAGCGAGUUCGCCUUACCUUCCCUCCAGGCCAUAUCCUCAGGCGUUCGCAGCAAGCUCGCGGCGGAGGGCAUUCCCGUACCUCCACUCAUCCUCUUCGCAAAGGGUGCCAACCAUGCUCUUCCUCUACUCGCCGAACAGGGUGGUUACGAUGUGCUGGGCAUCGAUUGGUGUAUUGAUCCCGUCGAGGCUCGACGAUUAGUAGGAGACAAGGUUGCACUACAAGGCAACAUGGACCCAAAUGUCCUUUACGGCGGCAAGGAUGCCAUAGAGCGUACUGUCAAAAGAAUGUGUGAAGGAUUCCGCAAAGAUCGAGGUACCAAGGGGUGGAUAUGCAACCUAGGGCAUGGCAUAACCCCCGGCGUCGACACGGAAGAUCUUCGUUGGUUUUUAGAAUGUGUACACAAAUAUUCAAGAAAUUGA